AUGGCUCCGAAAAAAGGGAAAGCUCCUAGAGGCAAGCCUGGUGGCUCCGCUCCACCGCAAAACGAACAAAAUCCCACGGAGGGGUCUAGCCUCUCUCUCGCCCCGCAAAAUCGAACUUGCACCGAGUUGCAAGCCAUCGCAGUUGAAAUCCGGCCAUUGGCUUCUCUCGCCAUCAGUCCUUCCUCAUGCUCGACCAGCGGAAGUGCCCAUAGUACCUCAGGCGGCUACAACACCCCUAUGACAACAACGAAUCCCACACCCACUGAGUCUGACAGCAUGCCUUCAGCCCGUCCGAAAAGAGUUAGUGCCUCGGUUCGUGCUCUGGAAUUACGAAAUAGCUCAUUAGGUCUCGGGACCCGCCGUAAGAGAGGUACGAAGGAGCUCAUUGUGCCAGACUCGUUGAGCGAGAGCUCUGAUGCACGUUUGGCCCUGGCUUUACAGGCAGAGGAAUACGCCCAAGAUUUUGACCCAAAAAGGAGAAAGAUCUCGACUUUUUCUUCCGGCAACAGACGCGAAGUUCAAAAUUCCACGGAUGACGAUGAUGCGGAUUUUCCUGAUCUCUCGUCCCCUUUAACUAACGAUGGACAUCUUAAUCCGUCCAAGUCUACUCAUCAUACAUCAAUGUCACGUACCAUCUCCCGCGUGAUUCGGGAUACCGAGUCCCCUCUCACGGAUAUUGAUAUCGGAAACAGCCCUAUCGACUUUAACUAUAGCGAUGACUCCGAGAAUUGGAAUGAAUUUCAUCACUAUGGAGGUCUCACGGAGUCCGAUGUCGACAGUCUCGAUGGUUUGAACAGUGACAUUAACAAUCAACCCAUCCCGAGUGUUACUUCUUCAAUUAAUCAAGCAAGACAGCGAAGACGUCUUACAAGAGCUGAAAAGGAAAGAAAAAAGCUUGAACAGCAACAUCCAGCUGUCGAAACUAUGUGGGAGGAUCUAGAGAAAAUUAGAAUUCUAGCUCCCCCGCCAGCACCGCAGCCGUCGGGUAUUUCUCGCAAACUGAAACCUUUUCAACUCGAAGGGUUGAGUUGGAUGAUGGAACAAGAAAAAUCAAAGUGGAAAGGAGGUUUGCUUGGAGACGAAAUGGGAAUGGGCAAAACCAUCCAAGCUGUCUCCCUUCUCAUGUCGGACUAUCCUGUUGGAAUUCCCUCCUUAGUCGUUGUUCCUCCUGUCGCGCUCAUGCAAUGGCAGGCAGAAAUAGAGUCGUAUACAGACGGCAAACUCAAAGUUUUCGUCUAUCACGGUUCUAAUUCGAAGGUAAAGAAUAUCACGGCUAAACAGCUCAAAUCCUACGAUGUUAUUAUGAUCUCGUAUUCUGGUCUCGAAUCCAUGCAUCGCAAAGAAGUCAAAGGCUGGACCCGUGGCAAGGGACUUGUGAAGGAAGAUAGCAUUAUUCAUUCUAUUCGCUUUCAUCGCCUUGUUCUUGAUGAGGCCCAUAACAUCAAGCAACGUACUACCUCCGUGGCCAGAGCUUGCUUUGCACUAAAAGCCGAAUAUAAAUGGUGUCUUUCGGGAACUCCCGUUCAGAACCGAAUCGGCGAAUUCUUUUCGCUGCUGCGCUUCCUCGAUGUCAAGCCGUUUGCAUGUUAUUUCUGCAAGAAGUGUCCUUGUGAACAAUUGCAUUGGUCACAAGACGAACAUAAACGAUGCCUUCAUUGCAACCAUACUGGAUUUGAUCACGUUUCCAUUUUCAACCAAGAGAUUCUUAACCCCAUAACUACACCCGGCUCUUCGGGUAAACGAAAAGACGCGCUAGACAAACUACGUUUGAUCACCGAUAGAAUUAUGUUAAGACGAGUUAAGAAGGACCAUACUUUUUCAAUGGAAUUGCCACCGAAGAGGGUUCAAAUCCACAACGAAUUUUUUGGUGAAAUUGAACGCGAUUUCUCAACUAGUAUUAUGACAAACAGCACAAGACAGUUUGACACUUAUGUCAGUCGUGGCGUCAUGUUGAAUAACUAUGCCAAUAUCUUUGGUCUGAUUAUGCAAAUGCGUCAAGUUGCAAAUCACCCUGAUCUCAUCCUAAAGAAACACGCCGAAGGAGGUCAGAAUGUCUUAGUUUGUAGCAUCUGCGACGAACCAGCAGAAGAGGCCAUACGCUCUCGGUGUAAGCAUGAGUUCUGUCGUCAGUGCGCAAAGGAGUAUAUUCAGUCAUUUGAAUCCCGUGGCGAACCAGAUUGUCCACGGUGCCAUAUUCCACUUUCCAUUGACUUUGAGCAGCCAGAUAUCGAACAAGAGGAAGGCGAAGUUAAGAAAAACUCGAUUAUCAAUCGUAUCAAGAUGGAGGACUGGACGUCAUCGACUAAAAUUGAAAUGCUUGUUUAUGAUUUAUACAAAUUGAGGAGCAAAAAGCAAACCCACAAAUCCAUCGUCUUUUCGCAAUUCACUUCGAUGCUUCAGCUUGUCGAGUGGCGACUUCACCGGGCUGGUAUCAGCACCGUCAUGCUUGAUGGCAGUAUGACUCCAGUUCAGCGACAAAAGUCAAUCGAGUAUUUCAUGAAUAACGUGGACGUAGAGGUCUUCCUUGUGUCUCUAAGAGCUGGUGGUGUUGCUCUAAAUUUGACCGAAGCUUCUCGAGUGUUUAUUGUUGACCCAUGGUGGAAUCCCGCAGCAGAAUGGCAGAGUGCAGAUCGUUGUCAUCGGAUCGGCCAACGUCGGCCAUGUGUAAUCACCAAACUCUGCAUUGAAGAUUCUGUUGAAUCUCGCAUGGUUCUUCUACAAGAAAAGAAGGCCAACAUGAUUAAUGGAACGAUUAAUAAGGAUCAGAGUGAAGCUCUAGAAAAACUAACACCGGAGGAUAUGGAAUUCCUGUUCCGUGGAACUUAA